UCGUCGGGGCGCGCCGGGAACGCCCGGGCUGGGCGGCUCACGGACGCGGCAGCUGUGGAUAAAUGGACCUGAUUGUGGGGCUCGGCGAUGUUGUUCUCCGGGUGGAAGCCGAUGGGCCUUGGGCACCCUGGAGUGUUUCCCGGUGUCAUCCUUCUUGCUACCUUGAUCCUCCUGGCUGGCCACGGACAACGUCACCGUUUUUCUGUCUCCGCCAUCACCUACUGGCCUCAACUGCCUUGGUCCCCGACGAGAUCCAGGUGAUUGACUGCAUUUUUAACACUUUUCAUAAUGGAGUUUCCUGAUUUGGGGAAGCAUUGUUCAGAAAAGACUUGCAAGCAACUAGAUUUUCUUCCACUAAAGUGUGAUGCAUGUAACCAAGAUUUCUGUAAAGAUCAUUUUACCUAUGCUGGCCAUAAGUGUCCUUUUGCAUUCAAGAAGGAUGUCAAGGUCCCUGUAUGUCCACUUUGCAAUGUCCCCAUCCCUGUAAAAAGGGGAGAGAUACCAGAUGUGGUGGUGGGAGAGCACAUUGACAAAGACUGUGCCUAUCAUCCUGGGAAGAAGAAAGAGAAGGUCUUCACGUACCGAUGCUCAMAAGAAGGAUGUAAAAAGAAGGAGAUGCUGCCGCUGGCUUGUGCGCAGUGCCAAGGCAGCUUCUGCAUCCAGCACAGACACCCGCUGGACCACAGCUGCAAAGCCAGGUGCUCAGCAAUCAGCGCUUCUGAGUCUAAGCAGUCCUCUAGUUGGCUGGCCCAGCGACUCAGGUGGAAAACAAAAUGACAACACGACAGUAUCUGGUGUUGGCGCUGCACCUGAAAUCAUUCCAUGUACAGUUAACUUUGCAGAUGACUAAUGUACCUGUAUCUUUUUACUUCCUAGGACAAGCAGUCAAACUUUAUUAAACAUUUCCAAUAGAGCAUUCAAAUUGUUUGGUAAAAUAAACAAUCAGAGAGAUUGAUGCUCCAAGGCAGGUUAUGUCACCACAGCAACAAAAUUU